GUGGCGGCCGCAGCAAUGCCGGGCCCGCUGGGGUUGCUCUGCUUCCUCGCCCUGGGGCUGCGCUGCUCGGCCGAGCCCAGCGGCGCGGCGCCGCCUCUCUGCGCGGCGCCCUGUAGCUGCGACGGAGACCGUCGGGUGGACUGCUCCGGGAAGGGGCUGACGGCCGUGCCCGAGGGGCUCAGCGCUUUCACCCAAUUGCUGGAUAUCAGCAUGAAUAACAUUACUCAGUUACCAGAAGAUGCAUUUAAGAACUUCCCUUUUCUAGAGGAGUUACGAUUGGCUGGCAACGACCUUUCUUUUAUCCACCCAAAGGCCUUGUCGGGGUUGAAAGAACUCAAAGUUCUAACCCUCCAGAACAACCAGUUGAAAACAGUACCCAGUGAAGCCAUUCGAGGACUGAGCUCUUUGCAGUCUUUGCGUUUAGAUGCCAACCAUAUCACCUCGGUGCCUGAGGACAGCUUUGAGGGACUCACUCAGUUACGGCAUCUGUGGCUGGAUGACAACAGCUUGACGGAGGUGCCAGUGCAUCCGCUCAGCAAUCUGCCCACCCUGCAGGCGCUGACCUUGGCACUCAACAAGAUCUCCAGCAUCCCUGACUUUGCCUUUACCAACCUGUCCAGCCUGGUGGUUCUGCAUCUUCAUAACAAUAAAAUUAAAAGCCUGGGUCAACACUGUUUUGAUGGACUUGAUAACCUGGAGACCUUGGACUUGAACUAUAAUAAUUUGGGGGAAUUUCCUCAGGCUAUUAAAGCUCUCCCCAGCCUAAAAGAGCUGUUAUUUCAUAGUAAUUCUAUUUCUGUUAUCCCUGAUGGAGCGUUUGAUGGUAAUCCACUCUUAAAAACUAUACAUUUGUAUGAUAAUCCUCUAUCUUUUGUGGGGAACUCAGCAUUUCACAAUUUGUCUGAAUUGCAUUCCUUAGUCAUUCGUGGUGCAAGCAUGGUGCAGCGGUUCCCCAAUCUGACUGGAACUGUCCGUCUGGAGAGUUUGACCUUGACAGGUACGAAGAUAAGCAGCAUACCCAGUAAUUUGUGCCAGGAACAGAAGAGGCUUAGGACUUUGGACUUGUCUUACAACAGUAUAAAAGACCUUCCAAGCUUUAAUGGUUGCCAUGCUCUGGAAGAAAUUUCUUUGCAGCGAAAUCAGAUCCACAAAAUAAAGGAAGACACUUUUCAAGGCCUGACAUCCCUAAAAAUUCUAGAUCUUAGUAGAAACCUGAUCCAUGAAAUUGAUGACAGAGCUUUUGCCAAGCUUGGGUCAAUAACAAACUUAGAUGUAAGUUUCAAUGAAUUAACUUCAUUUCCAACGGAAGGCCUAAAUGGGCUAAAUCAACUGAAACUUGUGGGCAACUUCAAGCUGAAAGAAGCCUUAGCAGCAAAAGACUUUGUUAAUCUCAGGUCUUUAUCUGUACCAUAUGCUUAUCAGUGCUGUGCAUUUUGGGGUUGUGACUCUUAUGCACAUUCAAACACAGAAGAUAACAGCCUGCAAGACCACAGUGGGUCAAAGGAUAAAGGUCUCAGUGAUGUGGCAGGUGUCACCAGCAGUGCUGAAAAUGAGGAACACAGUCAAAUCAUUAUCCACUGCACACCCUCGGCAGGUGCUUUUAAGCCCUGCGAAUACUUGCUGGGAAGUUGGAUGAUCCGUCUUACUGUGUGGUUCAUUUUCUUGGUGGCAUUGUUUUUCAACCUGCUUGUCAUUUUAACAACAUUUGCAUCUUGUACAUCAGUGCCUUCCUCCAAAUUGUUUAUAGGCCUGAUUUCUGUGUCUAACUUAUUCAUGGGCGCUUAUACUGGAAUCUUAACUUUUCUGGAUGCUGUGUCCUGGGGCCGAUUUGCUGAAUUUGGCAUUUGGUGGGAGAUAGGCAGUGGCUGCAAAAUAGCUGGGUUUCUUGCUGUUUUCUCCUCAGAAAGCACCAUAUUUUUAUUAAUGUUAGCAGCCGUCGAAAGAAGCUUAUCUGCAAAAGAUAUGAUGAAAAAUGGGAAAAGCAGUCACCUCAAGCAGUUCCGGAUUGCUGCCCUUUUGGCUUUUCUGGGGGCCGCAGUGGCAGGCUGUUUCCCCCUUUUCCAUAGAGGGGAGUAUUCCGCAUCCCCUCUGUGCUUGCCAUUUCCCACGGGAGAAACCCCAUCAUUAGGGUUUACCGUAACUUUAGUGCUGUUAAACUCACUAGCAUUUUUAUUAAUGGCCAUUAUCUACACUAAACUCUACUGCAACUUGGAAAAAGAAGACCUUUCCGAGAACUCACACUCUAGCAUGAUUAAGCAUGUCGCUUGGCUCAUCUUCACCAACUGCAUCUUUUUCUGCCCCGUGGCGUUUUUCUCUUUCGCGCCAUUGAUCACCGCCAUCUCGAUCAGCCCCGAAAUAAUGAAGUCUGUUACUCUGAUAUUUUUCCCAUUGCCUGCUUGCCUGAAUCCAGUCCUCUAUGUCUUCUUCAACCCAAAGUUUAAAGAAGACUGGAAGUUACUGAAGCGCCAUGUUACCAAGAAAAGCGGAUCGGCCUCAGUUUCCAUCAGCAGCCAAGCUGGUUGUGUGGAGCAGGAUUUUUACUACGACUGCGGCAUGUACUCACAUCUGCAGGGCAACCUGACUGUGUGUGACUGCUGCGAAGCCUUCCUGUUGACAAAGCCAGUGUCCUGCAAACACUUAAUAAAAUCACACAGCUGUCCUGCCUUGACAGUGGGUUCUUGCCAAAGGCCAGACGGCUAUUGGUCCGACUGUGGCACGCAGUCCGCCCACUCGGAUUAUGCCGACGAAGAAGAUUCCUUUGUCUCAGACAGUUCUGACCAGGUUCAGGCUUGCGGAAGAGCCUGUUUCUAUCAGAGUCGAGGAUUUCCUUUGGUGCGCUAUGCUUACAAUCUCCCAAGAGUUAAAGACUGAAUCCAUGUGUUUGU